GGUGAAAUUUGAAAUGCGCACAAUUCGUAGUAGCUUCAUGUAAAGUGUGUGUUUGUCUACCAACUGAAUUAUUGAGGCUUUGCAUCAAAUCAGUGAAAAUCAUAUGCACUCAACGUGAAAGCAAAAUCGAAUCCUUUAUCCUUACAAUUUGUAUUUCGUUUACAAUUUGUAUCAUUGCGUAUCUACUUAAAACACACAUACAUACACAUGUAUUUGCAAAUAUCUCUCAAAGUCGCUUUUGGUAAGAUCAGCCUUAGCCCCCAACCUUAAAAAGAUGGCAUCUUCCUCUCAGUCAAAGAAGAACAAAUCAUCUGGGUUACGCAUUUUAUGGAUUCCCGGCGGGCGAAAAAGUCACCCAAAAGGCCGUUUUAGUACAACAAAUAAGCAUAUUUCAUAUUCGCCAAAUCAAAAAAAGAGCGAAGUUUGGACAUUGGGCGGCAGUAAAUCGCAAAGCGGUUUGAUUGAUGCACAAUCACCAGAAGCCAGCGUUGCGUCAACCUCGUCUUUAACCGUUUUGGCACCAAUUUCUUGUACUCUCUCCAUAAGUUCGGAGAAAUUGGUGGAAAGUAGCGACGCCAACGCUUUAACAGCAGGCAAUUCCCCCGCCGUUUCAGAGUGUGCAACGUUGCCUGUAACGCCCAUCUCUGCCACACCAACACAAUUGGCCGGUCCAUUUACAGAUCAGCAGGCUUCAGGCAUGACGACAGUUAAUAUAAGCGCCAACGAGGCGCUCUCGAAAAACUUGACAUCGCCACUGGUUGUUACAACCGUCGAAAUUUUGGACUUACACAAUCAUCUCCAUCCCCAUGAUUUGCCAAAAGUGCCAUCAUUUGCGGACCUCUCAACAUCGCCCGUAGUACUUAAUAGCUCAGCUGGCACCACAGCGUCCAUAGAAACUAACUCUUCGCCACAUGGCAAUCGAAAGAGUGGCACACAAACCACCUCGCCUCAAGCUUCUCCACAAAAAGGGCGAUAUAGGAAUCACAACAACAACCAUGAGGACAUCAAUUCGAUUGAAAGCAUUUCUAGCAUUAACAAAAACAUACUUAACGAUGAUUUUGAGUGGAUCGACGUGAUGAUGCAGGAACGCACUUGUGAGGAGUUGAAGCACAAGAAUAAACGCAAAAAGACUAAGAAAGCGUUGCAAAACAAAGAAGCCGACCAAUUGGAUGGUAAACAGUUAAACUGCAACGACGCCAAAUCGAAGGCUGAUAGCGACGAUGGGGACGAUAAAGUCGUCAAGUGCUUGUAUUAUUCACUCAUGUGCUGCGAUUGCACUAUUUCCUAAACGAGAAAAGGGAAUGCACACACACACACACACACACAUCUAUGCAGGGUUUCCAUUUAGAAAGUAUUUUAGCAAACUACACACAAUCCAUAUAUACCACUUUUAUACGUCUAUAAUGUAUGUACUUACAUUACGUUGUACAAUGCUGUGUUCAAAAUAAUACUUAAUAGCAAUUAGAAAUGCAGCGGUGCUGCUGUAUUUUUGAGCGCAGUCUACUAAUGGCUUAAUGCCGAUCGAAACAAAACGUGAUAGAUUUAAUACUACUCGGAAUUCUCGAAGGCAGCUAUAACUUGAGUCGAAUCUUAUGUGUCGUAUGUAAUUUUUUGAUAAAACUAUACACACCUAGAUGUUAACGGAUUUGAUACCAUGAAUAUAAAUUGAUUGCAACUGAAUAUACAUA